AUGGACAGUGUUUGGGGUCUGCUUGGGACUGCUGCUUUUGCAUUCUUCUGCUAUCUCCUCAUCGCAGUGAUUGCUGGAGAAAUGAUGCUUGGCCUGAAAUUAGUUUUCAUCAGCAUUCACCCAAUAUGGGGAGGAACGUUGAUGAACUCUUUUUUGUUUAAUGUUGGACUGAUCCUACUUUGUUCCAUCAGUGUGAUUCAGUUCUGCGAGACAGCUUUUGCGUACUAUGCACAAGCAACUGCAGCUCAGGAGAUUUUUGGCCACACGCUGCAGUCUCUUCAUGGAAUUAAUUAA